CCAAUCUUUUGGUUUCACACCAAUUGUUUUUUUCUUCUUCCCAUAAAUUUGUCCAUUAAUGCUAGUUGAAAGUUGUACAAACUCUACCUAUAAAAUGAAAUGUAACCAUUCACAAAUUGCAAAAUCUCAAACUCCUAACACUCAAAACAAAAAGCUCAACAAUGGAGCCUCCAUCACAAUACAUUGAGAGAAACUUCCUAUUAUUGGUCCCCUUGUUCAUUUCAUCAAUCUUGAUAGUUUUACUUCUCAAAUAUCUAUCAAACAAGAAUCCAACCCUCAAACAUAAAUCACACAAACAUAUUCCUGGCCCUACAAAGCUACCAAUCAUCGGCAACCUCCACCAACUAAUCGGCAAGCAUCCGCACCUCAUUCUCGACUCCCUGGCAAAGAAAUUCGGCCCCGUUUUCUUCUUACAGCUCGGUGAAGUCCCAACCGUGGUUCUCUCGUCCCCGCAAACGGCGAAAGAAGCGCUCAAAACCCACGACCUUGCACUCGCGACCCGGCCCGAGAUAUUCGCGGCCAAGAUCCUCUUCUACAACUGCAGUGAUAUUGCGUUUUCUCCUUACGGGCCCCACUGGAGGCACGUGAGAAAGAUCUCAACCCUCGAACUAUUAAGCGUGAAGAGGGUCCAAUCCUACGGGUUCGUGAGGGAAGAAGAAGUUUCUAGACUCUUCCAGAGGGUUCUAGAACAUUCUUCAUCGUCGUCGUCAUACCCUAACAAGACAAUAAACCUAACGAAGCUACUUAACCUCUACGCGAACGAUGUUCUAUGCCGAAUUGUGUUCGGGAAGGAUUUCUCGGUCGAUGGAGAGUACGAGAGGCUAGGGUUCCAGGAGAUGCUUAACGAGUACCAAGAAUUGCUCGGCGGAUUCGCCCUUGGUGAUUUUUUUCCUUCCAUGGAAGUGUUUAUGCAUACUUUGACGGGGAAUAAGGCUAGGCUUGUGAAAGCUUUCAAGCGGUUCGACCGACUUUUCAAUGACGUGAUUGAAGAGCGAUUACGGACGAAAUCGGAUUGCGCGAAGGAGAAGAAGGAUUUUGUGGAUAUAUUGCUUGAGAUACAUCAGGAUAAAGAUGCUGAAAUGCCUCUCACUAUGGAUAAUGUCAAAGCUCUACUCUUGGACAUGUUUGCUGCAGGAACUGAUACAACCUUCAUAGUACUAGACUGGGGCAUGACAGAGCUUGUGACAAAUCCAAGUGUACUAAAGAAACUACAAACCGAAGUACGAAAAGUAGUCGGACAAAAAAAAUUCGUGUCUGAAAACGAUUUACUUCACUUGCCUUACAUGAAAGCCGUCAUCAAAGAAAUCUACCGAUUGCAUCCACCGGCACCCGUACUUGUCCCACACGAAUCCAUGCAAGAGGUCACGAUCGGAGGGUUCACGAUCCCCGAGAAAACACGGAUCUUCGUGAACGCGUGGGCCGUGGGUCGGGACCCGGGAACGUGGUCCCACCCGGAUAGAUUCUACCCGGAUAGGUUUGUGGAUAGUGAUGUCGAUUUCAAGGGGAAGGAUUUUGAGCUGAUACCUUUUGGUGCCGGUAGAAGAAGCUGCCCUGCGAUUGCGUUUGGCUCCGCAACCGUCGAGAUUGCUUUGGCACAGCUUGUGCAUAGCUUCGAUUGGGAACUUCCGGAUGGAAUCAAGGCCGUCGAUCUUGAUAUGGAGGAAGUUUUUGGCAUCACUAUGCAUAGGAAGUCACCUUUGGAAGUAGUGGCUAAACCAUAUUUUACAAGCUAAGAUAUAUAAUUGGUUGGGAAAAUUACAGUUUUCAUCCCUCAAGUCUGUACCGCGAUUUCACAUUUGGUCAUAAAAAACAUAUUUGAUCUCUCAUGUUUCAAUAAUUGGACAUUUUUUGGUCAUUUUCGUCAAUUUGUUGUUAGUCCGUCAGUUAAUGUGGUGAGAGUCUCAUGUUUGAUUCCGUUAGUACUAACAAAAAA